CGGGUUGGGCCGGGGGCGGGCGGGGACCGCGUUUGGGCCGCCGUGACGCGGGCGCCUGGCCCGGCCCGCGGGAGUGGGGGGCGGGUGCCAGGCGGCUCCUCCUCGUCGCGAACUCUCGGUGACCUUGGCCAGGUCGCUUUAAUUCUCUUAGCCGGCGGCUUGGUCUGUAAAAUGGGACUCCUAAGCCCUGCGUCCAACGUGGGCCGUUUUGCGGUUCAGUGGCGGGAACCCCUCCAGGUGCCUGGAGUACCGGGCGGUUUGCCACCUCGGGGGAGAGAAAGGGCUUCCAGGCUGUCAUGUUGUCCCAGGCCUGGCGUGGGUGUGGGGCGGGGAGACCCUCGUUUUUCUGUUGAAGAAAACCCAGGCUGUUACGAAGUAGUUUGCAAAACUUUGGUUUAACGCGGGACAGUGGAGACUUGAGGAAGGGGGCCCUGGCUGAGAUGAGCGUCUUGGAGGUCCCCCCCCACCCCCUGCCCUCCACCACUGGCCUGCUUUUCCAUUGGUGCCCGCACUCGGGUUCACCCUCCGUGGUGGGCAGAAAGAGGCCCUCAGCUUUUAAAGAAUUCGUAUUUGUAUAUCCUGUUGUUUGCUAAGACCCCUCCCACCCACAUAGAAGAAUUUGGUGCUGACCACGCAAGUUCAGUGCCUGUCUCUGUGAGGUCCCCGCGAACCGUGGAAUCAGUCAGCUCUGCAGUGGUCCAGUUUUGUUCGAGCUUGGAUAUGGAGCAAGUCGUGGCGUCAUAGCCAUUUUGGGCAGUGGUGUGGGAUCUCAGGAACCCUCCCUAUGGUGGCGAGCAUGCAGUUGCCCAUGCCUUGACCUUGCUGCCCGUCUAUGGACAUGGCCCACCGGGGUGGGGAGAGAGACUUCCAGACUUCAGCUCGGCGCAUGGGCACCUCGCUGCUCUUCCAGCUUUCAGUGCAUGAACGGGAGCUGGACCUGGUUUUUCUGGAUCAUAGCUAUGCUAAGCCGUGGAGUGCCCACCCCGACGCGAGUAGUGCCCGCCCCACACGCAUGCUCUUUGUUACUCCCCGGCGACAACACGAAACCACCAUUGAAUCAGACGUCCCAAUAGAUGUGGAGACCAUCACGUCCACCCCUGUUCCACUCUAUGACAACCAGAAGGCUCGCAGCGUGAUGAACGAGUGUGAGCGGCAUGUCAUCUUCGCCAGGACGGACGCGGAUGCCCCUCCCCCUCCUGAGGACUGGGAGGAGCAUGUCAACAGGACUGGCUGGACAGUGGCCCAGAACAAGCUAUUCAACAAGACCCUCAAAGCCCUGCAGUGUGAUCGGCUUGCCCGCCUGGCCAAUGAAGGGGCUUGUAAUGAGCCAGUGCUGCGCCGUGUUGCCGUGGACAAGUGUGCGAGGAGAGUGCGACAGGCACUGGCAAGUGUAAGCUGGGACACCAAGCUGAUCCAGUGGCUACACACCACCCUCGUGGAGACCUUGAGUCUGCCCAUGCUGGCAGCCUACCUGGAUGCUUUGCAGACGCUGAAAGGGAAGAUCCCGACCUUGAUUGACCGAAUGCUUGUGUCCUCCAACACGAAGACUGGGGCUGCGGGAGCCGAGGCCUUGUCCCUGCUCCUGAAGAGGCCCUGGGACCCUGCUGUAGGGGUGCUUUCUCAUAACAAGCCAAGCAAACUCCCGGGCUCUCCUCUCAUUCUCAUCGCCUCCUCUGGCCCCUCCAGCUCCGUGUUUCCCACCUCACGCCGCCACCGCUUCUGGCAGUCUCAGCUCUCCUGCUUAGGCAAGGUCAUCCCUGUAGCCACCCAUUUACUGAACAAUGGCAGUGGGGUAGGCGUUCUACAGUGUCUUGAGCAUAUGAUUGGGGCAGUGAGAAGCAAAGUGCUGGAGAUCCACAGCCAUUUUCCACACAAACCCGUUAUCUUGAUUGGUUGGAACACAGGAGCUUUGGUGGCUUGUCACGUGUCAGUGAUGGAGUAUGUCACUGCAGUUGUCUGCCUUGGGUUUCCUCUGCUCACCGUGGAUGGCCCCAGAGGGGAUGUGGAUGAUCCACUCUUGGAUAUGAAGACUCCAGUCCUCUUUGUCAUUGGUCAGAAUUCCCUGCAGUGUCACCCUGAAGCCAUGGAGGACUUCCGGGAGAAGAUUCGGGCUGAGAACAGCUUGGUGGUGGUUGGGGGCGCUGAUGAUAAUCUCAGAAUAAGCAAAGCAAAGAAGAAAUCAGAAGGUUUGACUCAGAGCAUGGUGGACAGAUGUAUUCAGGAUGAAAUUGUGGACUUCCUGACUGGAGUGCUCACUCGCGCUGAGGGGCACGUGGGCUCUGAGCCUCGGGAUCAGGACGCUGAGAAGAAGAAGAAGCCUCGUGAUGCCACGCGUCGAGACCUGGCCUUUGAAGUCUCCGAGCGGGGCAGUCGACCUGCUUCCCCUGCCGCCAAGCUGCCCGCUUCACCCUCGGGCUCAGAGGAUCUCUCCAGUGUGUCCAGCAGCCCCACCUCCAGUCCCAAGACCAAAGUGGCCACAGUCACCUCUGUCCAGAAGUCCAGUCAGAUUGGCAGCUCUCAGCUGCUCAAGAGACACGUCCAGCGGACAGAAGCUGUGCUGACCCACAAACAAGCCCAAGCACAGUUUGCUGCUUUUCUGAAACAAAAUAUGCUGGUGAGGAAAGCUCUUCCUCCUGGCACCUCCUCCUGUCUCUUUGUUCCUAUUUCAUCAGAACCAACAGAGGAGGCAGAAAAAGAAGAUCUCCGAGUCCAGCUGAAGCGACACCACCCCUCCAGUCCUCUGCCUGGCAGUAAGGCCUCCAAGCGACCAAAGAUCAAGGUGUCCCUUAUUUCCCAAGGGGACACUCCUUCCCAAGGAGGAGGUGCUGAAGCUUCAGGAGGGAAACCCAUAACCAUGACACUGGGGCAGUCUUCAGCAGGGACCAAGGAGCUCACCGGACUCCUCACCACAACCAGGUCCAGUGCUUCUGAAGGUGGAGUCACAGCUGGCCCAGCCCCUUCGGUGGUCUCCAACAGUACCACACCCAGCACCUUGCACACACUCCAGAGCCGUUUGGUGGCCACUUCUCCAGGCAGCUCCCUCCCAGGGGCCACAUCAGCCAGCAGCCUCCUCCAAGGCCUCAGCUUCAGCUUGCAGGAUAUCAGCAGCAAGACAUCUGGUCUCCCUGCAAAUCCUUCCCCAGGGCCAGCUCCACAGGCCACCAGUGUGAAGUUGCCCACCCCCAUGCAGAGCCUGGGUGCCAUCACCACGGGCACCAGCACCAUUGUCCGUACCAUUCCUGUGGCCACCACUCUCUCCUCCUUGGGUGCCACUCCUGGUGGGAAGCCCACAGCCAUCCACCAGCUGCUGACCAAUGGGGGCCUCGCUAAGUUGGCAAGCAGCCUCCCUGGCCUGGCUCAGAUCUCUAACCAAGCUUCAGGCUUGAAGGUCCCCACCACCAUCACUCUGACUCUGCGUGGCCAGCCGAGCAGAAUCACCACGCUGAGCCCUAUGGGCUCAGGAGCAGCCCUGUCUGAGGAGCCCACCUCCCAGGUGCCGCCCUGCAGCUCCCAGCGCCUGCCUCCAGCACCCUGAAGAUGCUGUGUGAUAUGUCCUCCUUACCGGUUGGUGAUGGCGGCCUCAUGGUGGGCCCUGGACACAUAUGUGGUCCUGCUGAGCUGUCCAGGUGUCUGAAGACCUCUUUAAGACAGUCAUUUUUGCUUUCUGCCAACUGUCUUCAGGCUGGGCCUCUGGGUCUUGUGGAACGUCGGGCUGAGAGAUGUCGCGCCAGUCAGGGGAACGCCACCCUCCAGGAUCUGCAAGUCUGGUUCCUUCAGUCUCCAGCGUCCUCAGUAGAUCUGGCUGUGUGUGGGUCACAGGCACAUCUUCCUCCAUCAGCUGUGAUUUGACCCAAGUGUCACUGUUGGGCUGCACCUGAUAAUGGAGUGUCCUUUUGGAAUGCUGUCCUGCUGCUGCACCCUGUUGGGAGGAGAGAGCCACGUGGUCUGGGCCACAGGAGUAGUUACAAUUGAGAACCGGGAUCGUCCGGGCCCAGCUGGGUUUUGAACAUCAUCGUCCCCUUCACUGGCAGCCAUGGGAAACUCCCUCUUAGAAACCACGUCAGAUGCUGAGUGGCCUGCUGCGCCCUGGGAGCUCUCUGUCUCUGGCAGUUUUGUAACGAAGGCAAGGAGAACUGGACUGUCAUCCUUCAGCCCUUUGGGCACUGUAGAUGUGGCAAGCAGUGGUCACCAGGAGGUGAAAGUGAACCCUUUUCUGUUUUUCACCAUGCUGUGGGCAGUGCCUGUGCCCAGAGAGCCUGCAGGUCCGGAAGGGCUGAAGAGGAGGAGUGCGAGAGCAGAGGCAGUUGCUGGCAGAUUGUGCCAGGGAGCCCUUGCUGGGAACAGCUGGGGCGUGGGACUUUGAUUGUUGCACCUGAGGAACUGGUGAAGCUGGAAAUGAGAAGUAGAGUUUUCCAAGUCAAAGGGAAGAAACUCCAACCCUCAAGUCCCGUCUCCAGGGCCUGGAGGUAGAGCAGGGACAGACGGCUGAGCUAACGUCCUGGCUGGCUCAGGAAGCCAAGGGCAUCCGGACAGAGGCUACACUUGGAUGUUUCUGUUUGUAUUCUGUGUAACUUUUUCUCUUCCUCUUUCAAAGUGGGAAGAUUGUUGGCAAUGACUCUACUGUGUAGGGCUCUUGGUACCAGCCUAAGCCCUGUAAGUUACGGUGCCUGGAAGAGGGGUCACUGAGGAACCCUGGCCCCGCCCCCUUACCUAUUCACAACACUGUACACAAAGGUAGUUUUAGGUUUGCUUUGAGCCUGUCCCCUUGAGCACAGCCUCUUUCCUUCCAUACUCAGAGUGUUUCCAGUCAAGGUGAUAGGUAAAGCAGCCCCGGUGUGGCUCUGUUUUCUACAUGAUGCAGGCCCACAGUAUGGCUCAAAUUGCAGUCCAGGGUUCUGACCCACAGUGCAGUAUGUAUCUACUUCAGGCUACCUGUGUGCAGCCCAGGGGCCUCACCUGUGGUCUGAGUGGCAGCUAGGAAGAAGGAAUGAGCAGAGGAGUCGCAGGCAGGUCAGGGUGUGAGGGCCAGAUUGGGGAUCUGUGUGAUGGGAUGGAGGGGCACUGGUACACCACACCUUCCCUUCCUGACCUUUAGAGCUGGUCUCUGCAGUGAUUCACACAGAAUUAGGCUGCAUUUUUGAAUUAGCUGGUAAGUAACUGCUUUCUGAAAUUCAGGAGGCAUUUAGUGAAUUUGAGGAAGAUAUGAAAUCUGAAAGAGACAUCCAGGGCUCAAGGGUUUGAUAGCUUUAUAGGCAGGUGAGAGUAGGCCUGUGAGGCUAGCUGAAGCUUUUAGAAAUCACAGAGGGCCCAGAACAACCCAGUCGGGAUUAUGAGAGCAGCCCAGACAGUGUUGGAGGGGCUGCUCUGGAGAAAUGCUGGGUCCAAAGGAAAACAAACAUGUUAUGCUGCUUUGUGGCAAAUGCUAGCAUGCUUCCCGUGGGUGACUUGGGAUGCACACCUUGGAGACUUCUGAAACUGGAGAAAGGGAGCUGUAAGAGCAAUGGCCGCUCUUUACCAUGGGGGCACAAGCUGUUGUCAGAGUCACAUUACCCAGUUCCCUUCUCAGCCACACACUUGACAGUGAAAGGAGCCUUUACCUAUCAUAGCAGACCUGGAGUCCAACCUCAGAAGGUAAUGCUGUUGGUGGAAAACGUAGAAGGAUCAAGCAGGCUUUAAAUUUUUGGACAAGAAAGCAUGUUGGUGCCCCAUGGAAGAUGUCCUUGAGAUCUCUUGAGAGGAAGACCUUCUGUUCAUUCUUGGUCCCACCACUAGAACGGUCUUGGGCUGGAUGGGUUAUAGAGCUGAGCUCCUGUAAUGGUGGUUCUUAACGUUAGUAAAAAUAAAAAUUUGAAAACUGAA